CGUAGUGGCCCACUUUAAUCGAACAGUCAGCUACCGGGUGUGCUAAUGCGAUGCGGCACGGUCAGUUAGCGUUCGGCUGUGGAGAAAUGCGCGAGUGUCCGGUACAAGAGUAGAGUAAAGUGAAGUGUUGUAGUGAUAAAGUGUGCUGGAGUGUUACCGUAAAACCCAAAAAUUCGCAAAACACUAAAAACAAACUUCGAUGUUUAAUAAAAAUAAAAUUUACGCCCUGCUCAUAGCAGGCGCAUUCAUUGCCACUUGUCCGCCAAGUACCAAUGCCACAUAUGAGGUGAAUUUGUUGCGUUUAAGAAGUGAACCCGCCGCGGUUCUGCGUCAAUCGCAGAACACCUUCAUACAAUGGGUGCUUUCCCUGCUGCCCAAUCGCCCGUCAAUACUCGGCGGUCCAGGAUUGUCGACAACCACCACAACAACAACACCAGAGGGUUUGACCAGCACCACUGCGGAGCCACCACAACCUCAACCAGCGACAGCAUCACCUGCCACAGUGACAAGCACGCCGGCGCCUACCACACCAGCGCCACCCAGCACCACAGCCGCACCAAGCACGACCACCAGCACUGCGGCACCUAGCACUACACCAGCGCCACCACCAAUCGUUCUGAAUCCACCACGCAACUGCACUGAAUGUGUUUGCGGCAUAGCUAAUACACAGAAACGUAUUGUUGGUGGUCAAGAGACUGAAAUACAUCAAUAUCCAUGGAUGGCUAUGCUACUGUACGGUGGUCGUUUCUAUUGUGCUGCUUCGCUCAUCAACGAUCAAUUCCUUAUUACUGCUUCACAUUGUGUUUAUGGCUUUCGUAGAGAACGUAUUAGCGUACGCCUCCUCGAGCACGAUCGCAAAAUGUCGCAUUUCCAGAAAAUCGAUCGUAAUGUUGCCAAUAUUACUACGCAUCCGAAGUAUAAUGCGCGAACAUAUGAUAAUGAUAUCGCCAUUAUACAGCUCGAUAAGCCUGUUGAGAUGACAGAACUUCUGCAUCCUGUGUGCAUGCCCACGCCAGGCAAGUCCUUCAAGGGUGAAACUGCUAUUGUGACUGGUUGGGGUGCCAUCAAAGUUGGUGGUCCCACCGCUGAUACACUGCAGGAAGUUCAAGUGCCAAUAAUGUCACAAGAGGACUGCCGUAAGUCACGCUAUGGCGCAACACGAAUCACCGACAACAUGCUCUGCGCCGGUUUCGAUGAAGGCAAGAAAGACUCGUGCCAAGGAGACAGCGGCGGACCAUUGCACGUUGUUGCGCCGGGUACGCGAGAACAUCAAAUUGCCGGCGUCGUUUCGUGGGGUGAAGGUUGUGCAAAGGCGGGAUUUCCGGGUGUAUAUGCGCGUGUUAACCGCUAUGGUACCUGGAUCAAGACGAUCACCAGAAAUGCAUGUCUUUGUCAUUCGGAAACGAAGAAGAUAAAAAAGUAUUGAAGAAAAAUGGUAAAUUAUUAGACCGCAACGGAUUUUGGGAAGAGAAAUUGAAUACGUUUUUGAAAUUCAGAUAAAGGUAAAGCGAGUGGGUCUUUAAAAAGCGUGGGAGAGGGGAAAAAGAGCGGGGAAAAAUUUGUUAUGACAGAUAGAGAGGAAAGGUAAAAGUAUUGACAGGUGAAAGAAGAAGAGAGAAACGUGUAGUUACAGUUAUAGAGACAUAGAGCAAAGCAGGGAAUGCGCAGUCGCGAGCGCUUGAGUGAGCGAAUUUUCAUUUGCUGUCAAAUAGUUUUAGGUUAGAUUUUUUCACAUUUUGCGCUUACUUGCUAUUUUCAUAAACACACAUAUUUA